AUGUCGCUGCUCAAGGAGAUCCAAGCGAACGCCGCCGUGGCCUGGAGCCCCAUGAAGUGGCGUCCGGAGCUCCUGGCGCUCGGCUCCAAGGGCGACGGCGGCGUCGGGUUCGAGGACAAUGGCGGCGAGUUCCAGCUCGUCUCGAUGGACCUCAGCAGCCCAACCCCUACCAUGAUCACGCUCGGGUCGAUCAAGACACCGUCACGCUUCACGUCGCUGGCCUGGCGCGACGUCCCCCGCCAUCACGACACGUGCCCCUAUGGCAUUAUUGCUGGCGGAAUGGCCGACGGUUCAGUGUCGCUCUGGAAUCCCGCGCUGGUGUUGGACCGAGAGCCAGGCAGUGACACGCCUGCGUCCUGUGAGAUUGGCCGCAUCACGCGACACAAGGGCGCGGUCAACGCCCUGCAGUUCAAUCCACACGAAGACAGUGCGCACUUGUUGGCUUCAGGCGGUAGUGACGGUGAAGUGUUCAUCAUGUCACUGGAGAAGUUGGCCAGUCCUGGUGUGUUCACGCCGGGAGGUCCAGUGGUGACCCCGCAGACGCAGGUCAAUGAGAUCACGAGUGUGGCGUGGAACACACAGGUGAACUACAUUCUAGCUACGGGCUCGCAAAACGGCACGGUGGUUGUCUGGGACCUCAAACAGAAGAAACCGUGGUGUGAAUUGCGUGAUCCUGCGCGUGGCGCGACGACAGCUCUGGCUUGGAACCCCAACGAGGGGUUGCAGAUUGCAACUGCUUCGGGAGAUGACCAGCAGCCUGUUGUGAAGCUGUGGGACCUGCGUAAUUCGACGAGCACACCAUUGGCUGAAUUCCAUGACCAUACUGCGGGCGUCUUGUCCAUGUCGUGGUGCCCAAAUGACCCUGGGCUCUUGCUGUCGUGCGGCAAGGAUAACCGGACGCUGCUGUGGGACCUCUUCUCGCGCAAGACGGUUGCAGAACUCCCUUCAGAUGCUCCCGAUGCUCCGGCUAUGGGCUCGGACCAAUUCUUCGGUGGUGUUCUUGCUGGCCAGCGUCGUUGGAACGUCCAGUGGUCCCCUCAGAUUCCUGCUGUUGCUUCGACGUGCUCGUUGGAUGGCAAGGUGCAGAUUUGGAGCCUUGCUGCUGGUGGCAACCCAGACUGCCGUCCGCCUAAGUGGAUGCGUCGCCCAGCUGGUGCAUCCUUUGGAUUCGGAGGAAAGCUGGUAACGAUAGCUAACCCACAGGAAACUACGAACUACAAUGGAGACCGUCGUCGCCUCGUUCAUAUGCAGCGCGUGAUCAGUGACACAAAGUUAGUGGCAGAGGCAGAGGCUUUGGACCGCUCGCUGGAAUCAAAGGAUUUUCGAGGUUAUUGUGAGCAAAAAAUCGCGACUGUCGCGACUGCUGAAGAGCGUAGUGUGUGGAACUUUAUGAAGAUCCUGUUUGAGAAGGACGCCCGCCAACAUUUGCUACUUCAUCUCGGGCUGGACGCAGAAAAGAUCAAUGAACUAAACGCCAAGUUUAACCCCGAAGCAGCAGCUUUGCCUGCUGAUACGACAGCGUAUGCCCCCGAAGCGCAAGUGGAUCCCAUAACGGGCGCGUUACUCAGCAGUCGGAUCGAUUCUGGCAUGGGAGCUGAAGACGUAUUCUCGUCGGGCUUCCACCCCAAUGGUGGUGACGAGACUACAGGUGCUAAACCAGCGUCGCCGUUGUCGAGUGUUUCCGCUCUGGCUGCUGCGUUACCUUCUGUCUUAGAUGAGGACAGAAGCAAGCGUCUAGAUGUAGCGCCUACUCCCGUGUACACAGAAGAGUCUGAGAGCACGCUGAUGCAGGCACUGCUGGUCGGCAACUUUGAAGUGGCUGUCAACUGCUGCUUGGCGUACAACCAGCUCGCUGACGCGCUAUUGCUCGCUUCUUGCGGCGGACCCGAGCUCUGGGAGAAGACUCAGCGCACAUUCUUUUCGCACCAAAAGCGUCCGGUGAUGCGAGUGGUGGCGGCAGUCAUCAAGAAUGAGCUAAGCGAGCUCGUGGAGAUGUCCGACCUUACCGAAUGGCGCGAGACUCUGGCGAUCUUGAGCACGUACGCUAAAAGUGAAGAGUUUCCAUCACUUUGCGACAAGCUGGCUACUCGACUCGAGGCCGCUGGUGACCUGCACUCUGCAACACUGUGCUUCAUGUGUGCCGUGAACGUUACCAAAACCGUAAACGCGUGGUGCGAGGAAAGCAAAGUUGAGGCUCGCGUGUACGGACACACUUUUGCACUGCACCGCCUUGUCGAGAAGGUGUCUGUGUUCACUAUGGCUGUUGACCAACCCGACCAAUCGAUGGGCCCCGAGGUGGCUCAGCGUUUUGCUGAAUAUGCUUCUCUGAUGGCUGCGGAAGGCCGACUGGAUAUUGCCGCAAAGUACGCGCGCUUCCCGGACCUCAGUUGCGCGAUCUUGAAAGACCGCAUUUUCAACGCGUACCCAAUGCAGGGGUACCAGCCUCCUCCGUUCCCGUUCGAUGUCGUUCGGAUCGAAUCGCAGGCUCAAAUUCAGCAGCGGCAGCAGCAGCAGCAACAGCAGCAGCAACAACAGGCUUCUGCGAUGCAGCAGCGAGGGUACGGCAACAAACCGGCCUAUGGGGCAGGAAGAAAUCAGUUUGGUGCUUCUGCUGCUCCGAUGCCUACGCCUGCUCCGGCCCCAAUGCCUACAUCAGGUGCUUUCGGUGGUGUCCAAGGCACGGGCUACCCACCUCAGCAACAUGCGCCGGUGCAAUCGCCGGCCUUCCCCGGUCAUCCUAGUAGCUUCCAGCCGGUCGUCAAGCAGCCACAGUAUCCUAGUACCCCAGGCGUGCCUCCGCAGCUGCAACAGUCCGGAAGCUACCCAACCCAGCAGCAGUCAGCGUACCCAGGCCAGUCUGCACAGUCUCCGUACGCACCAAGCGUGGCGCCGACACCGUUCCCAGGUCAAUCUGCGCCCCCUGCGUUCCCGGGUCAGGCAAGACCGCACCUGACGCCGCCGCAACAGCCUGGAUACGCACCUCCAGCGCCAAUGCAACAGCCUGGGUACGCACCUCCGGCGCCACCGCAACAGCCUGGGUACGCACCCCCGGCGCCACCGCAACAGCCUGGGUACGCACACCCGCCGCAAGCAGCGUUUCCAGGCCAGCAACCACCCCAGCAAAGUUUCAUGUCGGGUCCUCCAUCGUCAUCAGGCAGCCGUUCGCACCAGCAGAUGUACUCUGGACCUCCGUCAGCGGGGGGCACCCCCCACAUGCGUGCUGCUCCGUCGCCUUCUUAUGGUGGCGCACCUCGUCCGGGAACGGGUUUUGGUGCUCCUGCUGGUGCAUCUUUUGCUGCCCCUGCUUCACCAUCCAUUCCUCAGAGUACGGGAGUGCAUCCACUCACCGCUGCUAUGGGAUCGUCGCGCAUUGCCAAGCCGUCUGUUGAUAUGACGUCGCAUCAACGAGACGGCUUCGUGAGCAGUGUGGGCAACAAGGAACUGGCGCUCAAGUAUGGAAACGCCUCGACAGCUGCGCUCUCACCUGUUGCAACGAAGGCCGGUGGGUUUCCACCGAACGUUGUGCCGGGCAGCACCGAGAAUGUCGGCCCUCAGGACCUCCCGAUCGUGAACGCGUUCAACGACCUUGUGAACAACCUCCAGGCUCUUCCACUCACUAUGAUGGAGCAAAAGCAGUUGCAAGAGAUUCAAAAGGGUAAAGAGAUUAUGUUCACGAAGCUCAACAUCGGCGAUCUGACACCGCAGGUUGUGUCCCGGCUACACGAGAUGGUGGCGUGCUUUGGGCGACGCGAUUUCGGUAGCGCACAGACCAUCUACGUAGCUCUCACGGCUUCGGACUGGGCGCAGCACAAGGAUUGGCUGCGUGGCCUCAAGUCGCUCAUCCAUAUCUCCAUGAAGCGCUUUAGAUAA